GGUCUAUCUUAUCUCUUUUCUAUCUAAAUGUCUGCCAGUACCUUUUUAACCACAGGCAAAAAAAUCAUUGCUAUUGGAAGAAAUUUCAGUGAACAUGCAAAGGAAUUAAACAACGAAGUACCUACAAGUCCCUUUUUCUUUUUAAAACCUACUUCUUCUUACCUCGAAAAUGGAGGUACGAUAGAAAUUCCUCAAGGUUGUGAAGUACAUCAUGAGAUUGAAUUGGCUGUGAUUAUUGGAAAGAAUGGUAGAAAUAUUCCAGCAACAGAAGCAAAUGAUUACAUUGGAGGAUACGCAUUGUCUAUCGAUUUAACUGCCAGAGAUCUUCAAUUGGAAGCUAAAAAAGCGCGUUUACCAUGGACAGCCUCCAAGGGUUUUGAUACCUUUACGCCCAUCAGUGCAUUUAUCCCCAAACACGAAAUUUCCGAUGCAGCCAAUGUCAAUAUCUGGAUCAAGGUGAAUGACGAAUACCGUCAACGUGGUAACACACGCGACAUGAUCUUUAGUAUUCCCACACUGAUCGAAUAUGUUUCAUCCAUCAUGAAAUUGGAAACGGGCGAUGUCAUUUUGACAGGCACACCUAAAGGUGUAGGUCCCAUUUAUGCAGGUGAACAUGUCACAGCGGGACUUUGUCCUGGAGAUCACCAAGACGACCUUGUUCAACUUUCUUUCGGGGUAGAGGACAGACAAGGAGGCUUUGUCCAUGUCAAACAAUAAUAAAAAAAAU